GCGUCCGCAUGAUACGCCCUCAACUUGAUACCCUCAAGGUCCAGCGUCUCGCUCCAGCCUCGGGAUAUCCCGUAGACGCCCAGGCGCCGGCGGCAGCGCCAGCGGCAGCGCAGUGAUUAACGGCAAAAGCCAGCCGCCGUACCAUCAGCGCUUAACGUGAUACUGCCGCGCUUCUACACCGACGGCGCUGUGAUAAUGCUACAACGACAUACUAUCUCGACUGCAACCGCGAAGCGGCUGUUCAAACAUGUCGUCUCAAGCCGAAACGCCGUAUUUUUGGCAGCACUUACACAACAUGUUUCCCGCUCGCACGCCAGCGGCGGAGGCGGGUGCUGAAGGUGGCACAGCCAAAGCCGCAUGUCGAGGUUGCAGCAGACAGAGCCGACAACCGACCGUCGCACGGGGUGACAACACGAAAAGGCGCAGCCCACGCAACAUAAUUACCCGCUGUAUAGGCAAGGUAUGCGCGCGCAGCGUGCGUGAGUGUGUGAGUGCGAGCGAUAUCAGGUGCGUCAGCAAACGAAAAAAAAAUAAUGCGCAGUCGGUAUGGCCCCGAAGUCAGACGCCAAAUGGUGUGCUCGACCAGGCCGGCCGGACGAUAACGAACGACGUCGUGCUCGGUGGGACGAAUCUCACUCAGCAACUCUGUGCGCGGGCGGAAUUCGGGGAUUAUUGCGCUGACUCGCGAUCGCAUAUCGGGGAUAGAGCUCACCGAGGUCAGCUCGUCCAUCGCCGGCCCCCAAAACGGACUCAGGCACGCACGCAAACGGUCGCGAACGAGUGUCGCCAACACCAGAACGGAGCAACGACCGUGCGGACGAGACCCGGCAGCUUGGAACCAAUGUCGUCCGUCGGACCCGCCCAAGCCGCAACCGUCGUUCGUCAUCGCCAACUCGACACGCAAAGCCCUGGCCUGCAUGGAAGAGGCAGGUAUCAGAUGCUGUUCACCACGAGGGAAAAAAAUUCUCUCUUCCCGCUCUGGGGCAAUUCUCCUGGGAUGCUCCCCGUCCAACGGUUUGAAAUCAUCUCGCAUUCCUGAGCGGUGAAGGUCGUUUGUUAAUCUAUCCCGGAGGGCCAA